AUGGUCGUUUGGUCUGAGGCCGAUUUGGAUCAGAUCACCGAUGAGUUUCUUACAUUAAUGCUUGAUCGGAGAGAGUUCACUGAAAGAUGGUCAUUAUCUGUAGAACAAGAAGUUGCACGUUCACAGAAGAAAGAGGUCGACUCCUUCGUUGUAACUGCUCCGCUGAUGGAUAUUACAAAACAUGAAGAGACGGUGUUGCCGACCUUCGAAGAACUUGUACAUGCGGUAGAUGCAUCAUCGCAAACGUUUCUUUCAACAGCAGACUUCACCAUUUGCCAUUGUGAACCUGAGCAUAAUCGCGAUGCUUCCUUACUGUUUGCCGCGCGACUUCAAGUGGACCGAAUUUCUUCGAAGAAAGUAGAUAGGAAUCGGCUUGGAACGGCGGCGAGACGAUUAUUGCAGUUGGUACGGUUGUUUACUACCCGAAUAUCUUCAGCAUUCCAAAUAUCGAACACAUCAGCGUUCGCUACAUCGUUGUGUGAUAUGCUGUACACUUUCUGCGACUGUGCCGCGAACACUGUUCUUUCUAGUGAAAAAACAAUCAUCUCUGAACUGCGACGUGCUGUUGAUGAUUUUAAUGAAAUAGUCGUGGAGAAGCUGUCAAAGGCAGCUUUUGAAGCGCAGUGUGCACGGCGCAACGCGGCGAAACCUACCCGUCAGCAAUUUUUCAGUCCGCAGCCUACACGCUUGAGAAGGCCGUUGGUUCAAAUCCAGCAGCGAAGUCCUGGAUACUUACUGCCUCCUGAUUUAUUAAAAGUACUAAACUUCAAGCGUCAAAAGCUAACUCGUACUCGUAGCGUUCCCUCAGUACGGCCAACAAUUUCGACUUCUGCUCCUUCUCCGGCCAAACGUGGCACAACGUUAUCAGCUACUCAACAGACAGCCACUAAA